AUGACGGACAGUCCAGUGAAGCUGAUCUAUGCCUACGGGAAAAGUGAUGACAUCGGGUACCAUUUCAGAACAAGGGGGACCAAGGAGGUGAACCUGCUCAAGUUCAUGCCCAGAUCCAGCCCCCGGGACGGCAACUAUCUGGACUUUGUUAUGGACAAUUUUAUUGUUCCUGCUGAACAUACAUACUACAACUGCAAGGUCAUGAAGAUGCCAAAGCUCAAUGGGAAACAUCAUAUGUAUCGGGUGGAGCCAGUGAUCAAGAACCUGGACCUGGUCCACCACAUGCUUCUCUACAGCUGCCCCUUAUCUGUGAUCCAGAUCAACGAGCAACAAUGCUACACGGGAGGACCAGGGGCAGACUGCUUGAAAUUGGUGUCUGUCUGGAACACAGGAGGGGUGAGAGACUGCCCCCUUCUGGAGACAUUAAUACAUACAUACAUACAUGCAUGA